ACUCAUUCUUGCUACUAGAACUUUGUACCACAGAACAAACAGGUCCGAUUUGUCUGUGUUUGACCAAUCAGCCUGCUUGUUUACGAGGGAUCCAACAAAGUGAACCUUGUGAUUUGUCAUUCAUUCUGAAACUGGACAGCUACAUGCGGUCAUCAUGAACAGAGCAUGGGUUUUGUUCAAAUCCCACCCAUACAUCUCCAAUGUGGUGGGAUACACAACGCUUUUUGCCACAGCAGACCUCAUUCAGCAAAGCAUGAUGAGAAAACCUCAGGACAAAGGGACAGUUCACAAACCGGAUCCAGUGGGACAAGAUACCUCCAACACCACUGAAGAAUUUCCUGUGGCUGGAGAAGCAAACGCAGAGGAUGAUAGCAAAAUAAGGGCUCCAGUACAACAUGCUCCUCAGCAACACAGCAUCGACUGGGCCCAGACUGCUCGGGUGGCACUGGUUGGCUUCUGUUUUCAUGCCAACUUCAAUUACCAUUGGCUACGAGGGCUGGAGAGGAUGUUUCCAGGAGGAGGGAUCAGAAGAGUGUCACUUAAAGUGUUUCUUGACCAGCUAUUUGCAGCCCCUAUGACAAUAAGUGCUUUCUACAUUGGGCUGAGCACAUUGGAGGGCGCAGAGGAUCCCCUUGAAGACUGGAGAACUAAAUUUUGGACCUCUUAUAAGACUGGAGUUGUGUAUUGGUCAGCAAUGCAGGCUGUGAACUUCUCGCUGAUCCCACCGGUGGCUCGUACUGUUUUUGUUGGAGGAGUUGCUCUUGGCUGGACUGUCUUCUUGUGUCAUUUCAAGCAACAGAAGAGUGACUUCCUGACUUAGGCUUUAUUCUGCAGCUGCUUGGCUUUGAAUUUAGCCAAAACAUAGACUGGUCUUUAAUCAACAUAUGCAACAUACUAUCUCCAUUUUUACUGACAGCCAGUAGUGUAUUGAACCCAGAUUUAGAAGCAUACCUCACAGUAAAAGAAAAGGCGUUCAAGUGUUUCAGGAAAAGAAGAACAGAAACCACAAGGAUUCAACUCGAAAUGAAAUUGUUGUUGUAUAAAGUCACUAACUGGGUAAAUCCUAAACAUGAUUUUGUAAUGAGUCUCCUUGACCUUUGGAGCAACUGGUUAUGCCAUAUAACGGGUAAAAGCUUUGUCCUUUACCAAGGUUUUUAACAUCUCCCAGAAAAUAACAC